CGAUGCUCCCGACCCGCUCGCUCUCAUCCUGACCACGCCCCUUACCUCACCUGGUUCCCAGGCCUCUCUCGCGCACCCCGGAGCGGCAGUGAUUGAUCAUUGAUUGGCAAUGCCAUGGGACACGUUGUCACCUGUGUGCAUACGGCGAUGCAACCGCAUUUUCCCUCUGUAUAGUGUUCAGCGGCAUUACAUGUAGGCUAACUGACAAAGUUGCAAUUUGAAUACUUCAUGUUCUAAUACGUUCGUCCAUUUGAACACUAUGUUGGGCAACCCGGGAAACGUGGCCAAACUGUACAUGUCUAUCAUUGAGGAUGUGGUUGAAAGUAUGCGGGAACUUAUUUUGGACGAAGGACUUGAGGACCGCGUCCUAGACGAUUUGAAGCGAAUGUGGGAGGCAAAGGUGAUGGCGUCGAAGGCGCUGGAAGACAUAAGGCAUAACAACAUCACCUCUUCAAAGUUUGUGCUCCAGCUCCCUGCCCAUUACAACCACUCAGAUGAGGACCGCAGGCCCAGAGUUGCAGUUGGGAUACCUACAAGUCAAAAUGCAUUUCAUUUCCCUCUCAAGAAAGGCACUGAGACCCUUGCUACAUUCUCUCUUCCUCCUGGGUUGUCCUACCCAGUGCAAAUACCAGCAGGGGUGACUCUGCAAACUGCCUCAGGUCAACUUUACAAAGUAAACGUUCCAGUAGUAGUAACCCAGGGCCCUGCUGGCAGCAACCCCUUCUCCCAAACCACACAGAAGAUAAUCAGUUGGAGAGAGUCCAGUGCCCCUCAACCAGCCGGCGGCACUUUGUCAGUCAAAACUGUUGUGCCUAAAGUGGGGCCAGCUUCAACAACAACCCUCGUACCACCACCACCAACAUCUCAGCCACCACCAGCAUUUCAGCCACCACCAGCAUUUCAGCCACCACCAGCAUUUCAGCCACCACCAGCCUUUCAGCCACCAGCAGGAUCUCAGCCACCAGCAGGAUCUCAGCCACCAGCAGCAUCUCAGCCACCAGCAGCAUCUCAGCCACCACCAGCAUCUCAGCCACCACCAGCAUCUCAGCCACCAGCAGGAUCUCAGCCACCGCAGCCACAAAAAAACCUCAGUUAUAACCCAAGUCAGGAAAACGCUGCUUCCCAUCAGGUUCCUCCGGUUCCUCUUGCUGUGAACCUGCACUCUCAAGUCUUCCAACAGCAACCAGAGGUGAUGAUGGAAGGGGGGUUCCAGCCAGGCCAGGAGCCUGGUGCAGUAGGUGUGGACACACCCAUCUCCGAGUUCUUCUCGGAGUCUCUCGAGACGUUGGCACAGGCCCCAGCAGGUUCGGUCUCUAAAGACAUUGACGAUAUCCUGAAACAAGUGAUCGAAGAUGAGAUGAACAAGGCUGUUACUGAGCCGGUAUUUUCUAGCUACCCUGAGUUGUUGGAUAUUGUUCAACUGGACGGUCCUCUUGACAACUCGGAUAUCGAGGCAGAAGAUGAAGUCGCGCUGGAAGAUAACGAUUUCCUGGGCAUGAUCAAUGCAGAGGCGAUCAGGGCCGGCAGCAGCGCGGGGGACAGCCCCUCUUCCAGCAGUGACAGCGAUGCAGUGGAUGAGCUCGCUGAUGUUGUUGAAGAGGAUCCUUUGAAUUCGGGAGACGAUGUGCACGACCAGGACAUCCCUGACCUCUUCGACACAGACAAUGUGAUCGUGUGCCAGUAUGACAAGAUUCACCGCAGCAAGAACCGCUGGAAGUUCCAUCUGAAGGACGCGGUGAUGUGCUAUGGAGGCAGAGACUACGUGUUCUCUAAGGCAAUCGGAGAGGCGGAGUGGUGAUUACUUUAGUGUCUGGUUUCAGGGACUGAAGAACCAAGCACCGAUCAUGACACUGACGAGUCCACCUUUUUAUUUUGUUUUUUUUUCUGCCUUUCUUGCAUUGCAAAGAGAAUUUAUUGUCUGUAUUUAUUUAUUUAUUUUUAGUUAUUGAGGAGUAUUCUUUGUUGUUGGAUGUAUUCUUUAUAUCGCGUUGCAUAUGCCUCCAUAACUAUGACGCUGAAUGAAAAAUUCUACUGUUUUCUACCAAGGCACAUAAAAUAUGUUACAAAACCAAUUAACGCUGUUGCUUUCUCUGAAAUCCUAUACAAAAAGUUAGACACUGAACAGAACGGUCCUAAAUACUGAACUCGAGGCAUGGUUGCCUGGCUCCUUGGCUUGCUGAUUAUUCAUUUGUCACAUUUCUGUUCUUGGACGGCAUGUUUAUUUACUGCAAAACUCAAAUAAACACAUGCAAAAAUUCAAACUU